AUGGCGCCCGUGACGAGGGCCAGAAGGAGGAUCAUUCUGCGCGUUUCCGGCGAUUCUGACCUAGAUGUGCAGAGGAAGGUCAAGGUCGUCACCGACCAGAGCGUCAUCGACAAGCCCUCGCCCGUGGCCGAGUUUCCCAUGAGAGAAUGGAGCAUAAAGCUGCAUUUGCUGGACGAGGACGGCAACGAACGGCCGGCGGAUGUCUUCACGAAGGUCGUCUACAACCUGCAUCCUACGUUCGAAAACCCUACUCAGACCUUCACCAAGCCCCCCUUCAUCUGCUCCAACGAGGGCUGGGGAGAGUUUGAAAUCUCCAUCGACUGCUACACGACUGAGAAGACGAAGCUCGCGCCUAUCAUUCACGACCUCAACUUCCAGCAGGAGCACUACGAGGCGGUGCACACCGUCACCUUCAAGAACCCUUCGCAGGCGCUGCAGGAGCGGCUGCGCGAGACGGGCCCCCUGCCCAACGACGAGGACCGCCCCAAGAAGAAGGGCCUGGCCACCAAGAAGGGCGCGCAAAAAUACGACUGCGAGAAGAUUGCCGAGGCCCUGCAGAAGCUCGACGACGAGGAGGACCUGCUGCGCGUGAUCCAGCUCAUCAACGAGAACAAGAGCGCGGAGACGUACAUCAAGAGCGAUGUCGAGGUGGACAAUCUCGUUGAAGCCGGCGAAUUCUCGAUCGACCUUUACACGAUGCCCGACGUCCUCUGUACGAAACUCUGGGAGCACCUUUCCAAGAAGAACCUGAUUAGCUAG